AUGACUCAAAGGUCCCAGAAUGUAUCAGUAUCGUGCUCCAAAGAAGCAGUGUAUGGAUGUGUAAGAUAUAUACUUUGCCGCGAAGGUAGCAAAAUACCGAUAAAGAGGUCUGAUAUUAUAAAUCACAUCAGCGAAACCUGCAAAGUUACAAAACAAAAUGCUAGUCAUGUGUUUAUUGCCGCUCAAAACGAGUUGAAAAGGGUGUAUGGUUAUAAAGUUGUGGAAUUAAAGUUGAAAGAUGCCAUACAAUGUAUAGUAGUCCUAGAUAAGCCGGAAAAAUCUUUACUGUCUUCAUCUACAAAUCCUUACCAUCGGAGACUGUUGAUUGUGGUUCUAACACACAUUUUUAUGUCAAGUGGACCUGUCGCUGAAGCAGAAGCUUAUGUACUAGUCGAGAAUGACCACAAACAGAGGAAAAUUGUAACAAAUGUGUUCACAAAGCAACUAUAUUUGACACAUUACAAGGAAGGCGAAGGUGAAUUAGCAAGAUUUGUUUUUGAUUGGGGACCCAGAGCUCAUAUAGAAGUACCAAAAAUGUUUCUACUCAAUAAAGUUGCCAAUGCUCUGGAAAAAGAUCCACAGCAUUGGUCUGAACAAUAUAAAAUAGCGUCCACUGAUAACAGUAAUCAAGAAAGAGAUUAA